AUGGACUGUUUGCCACUACUGGAAGUUUCACUAGACGUCAAAGUUUCUGCAGCGAUAUCGCGAACACUCCUGACCCAGUCGUUCAUGAAUUAUAGCAACAUCCCCAUCAAACAGGCUAAUUAUUCCUUUCCCUUGUACGACGGCUCUAUCGUCGUUGCUUUCCGCUGCUAUAUCGGUGAAGAUACGGUGUUGGUGGGUAAGAUCAAGUCUAAGGAAGAGGCCGAGACGGAGUUCUGUGAGGCUGUCCGGCGUCGACGUGCUACUGCAUUGCUACAAGAACACACACCAGAAACCUUUGAGAUCAAUUUAGGCUUGAUCCCAGCCCAGACAAAGGUGAAGGCCGAAGUAACAUAUAUAAAUGAGUUGAAGGCUGAUCUAGGUGGAGACGGCGUCCUUGUCACUAUCCCAACAUCAGUGGCUGCCAGAUAUGGAAGCCCACCAGAGGGAUACGAUGGAAAGCCGGUGACUAAUGCCUCAGUCAGAACCACCGAAAGCGGCUUAAGGAUUCAAGUUGAAGUAUAUGCUCCAGUCCCAAUCCGGAAACUCGAAUGUCGUACCCAUCCCAUCUCAGUUGAGCUUGGGGCGGAGGGCCAUGCGACGCCCGCUGAUUCAUUUGGAGAUCUUUCACCUGGAUCCAAUGUGCGCGGAUUCAAUCCCAACAAAGCCAGGGCGACCCUCACGGAUCAAAAUGCCUCCUUGAGCCGAGACUUCGUCCUUCUGAUACUUACUUCCAGUCCGGGCCCCUUUCCUUCUCGAGCUUUCGUCGAACCGCAUCCAGACCGCCCACAUCGUCUAGCAAUGAUGGUGACCAUCAACCCUUAUGAUUUUUUUGCAGCUCAUCUCUCUUCGACUGCCUUUAAGAGGGAAAUCAUAUUUUUGGCAGAUAGAUCUGGCUCCAUGACCAAUAAAAUAGGGGCUUUGAAAAUUGCCAUGAGGGUGUUCCUUAAAAGUCUACCCCAGGACUGUCACUUCAACAUAUGCUCCUUUGGGUCAACAUGGUCAUCCUUGUGGCCUUGUUCAAGAGAAUACUCCCAUGAGACGUUGGACCUUGCCGAACGCCAUAUUGCUAUGUCUUUCGAGUCGAACAUGGGUGGAACCGAACUUCUGCCGGCACUACAAGGUAUUGUCAGGGAAUGUAUGACGCUGGGAAAUCGCAACACUGAGAUUAUCGUACUCACGGAUGGGGAAGUGUGGGAGACCGAGGAAACCAUUGACUUUGUCCGCUCAACGCGGACGCAUUCCUCAGAUAAAGUAAGGUUUUUCGCCCUUGGCAUAGGCGAUACUGUAUCGCACAGGCUGGUAGAGGGUAUCGGACGUCAAGGGGGCGGGUUUGCGGAAGUGGUUGCUGUAGAUGCAGCAGCAAGAUGGGAAUCGAGAGUAAUACGAAUGCUGAAGGGUGCUCUGACACCUCCUCGAUGGCAAUGUAAGGUGCGAUCAAAGGACACAUUCGGAAACUUCACUCCUUUGGGCGCUGGUGAGGCUGCUACAAGAAGAGACGCAGAAGGGAUUACUGAAGCAGGCAUUCAACAACCUGACUGCGUCCAAGCUCCGUUCCGCAUCCCAUCUUUACAUGCCUUUUCGCGAUAUUCGGUCUACUUCUUGCUCGACGAGCAGACUAUGAGCGACUUAAGCAACAUUAACGUCCUCGGAAUUACAUCGACAGGUGAGGAAAUUUCGGUCGAUGUCCAAGUAGAGAGAGUCGCCUCUGCCACUACCAUCCAUUCUUUGGCUGCUAAAGCGUUGAUGAACGACCUUGAAACUGGCCAAAGCUGGUUGCACGCUAAGGAUCUUGGGACUUUCAACAAUAUUCAUCCUGACGAAGUUGAAGAAAUAGUUCGGCACCAGGCGGAGACAUAUGGUAAGGAAUGGGGAAUUACUGGGAAAUGGACCAGUUUCGUUGCUGUCCACAGCUCCACUGAAAUUGAAAUGGCCAGCAGGGUCUAUAGGGCAGAGCCAUCAGAGCUCUCCGAUUUGACGCGGCAAAGAUAUCAAUCUGGCUACGGCGCGAGAUCUUAUCCGUCCCCAGCGACUUUGGGGGGGCCGUACUCUUCUUCAACCGUGGCAGCGCAGCAAUUACGUCGGACGAUCGUACCUAGGGAGUAUCACAGGGCGGGGUAUGCGCCGAGUGACAGGGUGAGGUUCAGCCCCCGUUCCUCGACGCAGUAUGACAUUAUGACAGGAUCAUCUGUGAAGGAAUCAGCUAUGAAGGAAUCAGCUAUGAAGGAAUCAGCUAUGAAGGAAUCACCUAGGAAGGAAUCACCUAUGAAGGAAUCACCUAUGAAGGAAUCACCUAUGAAGCCUUGCGAAGCGGGGAAAAGCAAGAGCCUUGAAACACUAUGGAGACGACCAGAGAGAACUCUGAAAGGCCUUUCAACCGAAAACGCCUCUUUGAUCGAUCCACCUUCGAGCCAUCAUUUCGACAGUGGGAGCUCUUCCGCUCGCUUCCGAAUUGAGGAGGGACCUCCGUCGCCAUCAGAAUGGGUGGGUAACCUUGAAACUGUGUUAGAACCCCCUUCACUAGAUGUCCAAUCUUGGGAUUACGCUUCUCAAAAGGUUUCUCACUCAAACAGUUCUGAAAUCACUGCAUUACUACCAGAUAUUCUGCCCAGCUGUGUUUGUACUGAACGUGAGAAGCUUGCUCGCGAAAGUACAGCACCACAUGAGAUGAGUCAAGGAAGUGAAGCUGUAGUCCGAGAUGACCCAAUGCCAACUGACCACUAUUCAUCGCGACAAGAUGACACAACAGCGUUCAUGUCUCCGUCAAGAACCUUCCAAAAUCACAUGGAUGAGGACUUCGAAAGCCCAAAACAGGGGACCGCUCGAGGAUUCGAUGUCUCGCUAAGCCCUCGCUCUACUUCUUCAUUCUUCAUGAACCUGAUCGAUCUGCAGUCACACGAGGGCUUCUUUGACCUUCAGGAAACCGUCCGAGAGACCGUACUCAGCAAUUUCUCCUCCCAUUUAUUGGAGCGGAUGCAGCAGCUCUUCACAGGAGAGAGCAGCGAAAAGAUCACCCAAAUACAACCUCUCAGUCUUAAGAGAACGUCAGAACUACUAUGCGAGACCAUCAUCACGAUCUUCUACGUUGAACAUCAAUAUGCUAGCUUAUCCGGGCUGUGGGAGUUGGUUAUCCGAAAAGCACGCGAUUGGGUGCGGAAAGAGGUGGAGUCAGACGCAUUGAGAGAUGCGUUGGCAGACAUGGUCCGAAUGUACUGGCAACAAAGUGAUGAUAGUUUCAUUUCAAAAAUACCGGAUACUCACCUGCCCUCUUCGCGAGAUAAUGUUGGGAAAAGGAAAGUCACUGCGUCUAUGAGCGGUGCCUGGAAAAGACUUAGGAGCCACAUCAAGAAAGAAAACUUACAGACCAAGCUCUCAGGGUAG